GAGGGACGGCCGGGUUCCACGCGUGGACAGGGGCCGCCCCCCGUCCCCAGCCCUGCGAGAGGGGGGGAGGGGGAGGAGGAGGAGACCGACCCCCGGCAGCAGCCUUCCUCCGCCGCACGCCUUCCUAUCCCCUCCCUCUGGCCUCAGCGCCGCGCUGGCGGGGCCGGAGAGGGCAGACGGCGCGGGAAGGCGGUUCUCCCAGCAUGGAUGAGCCAUGUGUAUCCUAAGGAAUAACAGCAGCUGCUGCGCCCACGAUGGGGAGCAGAGGAAUGCGCGGAGGAGAGGGCUCGCUGGGGCAGAAUCAAAGAACCUGUGUGUGACAUCGUCAUGAAUGAGAGAAGAAAGUAAUACAGUAUUGGAUGUGCCUGUUUGCUGCCACUAUUUAGAGAGAAAAUGAUGCAUUAUGGGGAAUCACUUGAAGGGACUGAAUGAGAUGAACUGUUUGGGUUGUAGUGUCUGAAAGGCUCAAUUAUUCUCUUGGAGACAUAUUCUAAAUGAGCCUGACCGAGAUACUGGAUCUGUGUGAAGAGGACUAAGGAUAUAGGAUGUCAACUGAGACAGAAAUUCAAGUGGCUGUUAAAACCAGCACAAAGAAAGACUCCAAAAAGAAAGGUCAGGAUCGCAGCGAAGCCACUUUAAUAAAGAGGUUUAAAGGUGACGGUGUCCGAUACAAAGCAAAGUUGAUUGGGAUCGAUGAGGUUUCAGCCGCACGGGGAGACAAGUUAUGCCAGGACUCCAUGAUGAAGCUCAAGGGAAUUGUUGCUGCGGCCCGUUCGAAAGGAGAGCAUAAACAAAAAAUCUUCUUAACAGUCUCCUUUGGUGGAAUCAAAAUCUUCGACGAAAAGACAGGGCUACUACAGCACCACCACGCAGUUCAUGAGAUAUCGUACAUCGCAAAGGAUAUCACAGACCACCGAGCGUUUGGAUAUGUGUGUGGAAAGGAGGGAAAUCAUCGAUUUGUGGCAAUAAAAACAGCCCAGGCAGCUGAACCUGUGAUUCUGGACUUGCGAGAUCUGUUUCAGCUCAUCUAUGAACUGAAACAAAGGGAAGAAAUGGAAAAAAAGGCGCAAAAAGACAAGCAGUGUGAACAGGCGGUAUACCAGACAAUUUUGGAAGAAGAUGUAGAAGACCCUGUAUACCAGUACAUUGUGUUUGAGGCUGGACAUGAGCCAAUCCGUGAGCCUGAAACAGAAGAAAACAUUUAUCAGGUUCCUACCAGCCAAAAGAAGGAAGGUGUUUAUGAUGUGCCAAAAAGUCAACCUCUGGAGAAUGGAAACUUAUUGCUGGACAUUGAUGAAAAUCUUGGUUCAGUCACUCAGGCUGUUACCCAACUAGAGCUUUUUGGGGACAUGUCCACUCCUCCCGAUGUAACCUCUCCCCCAACUCCUGCUACUCCAGGUGAUGCCUUUAUCCCAUCUUCAUCCCAGUCACUUCCUGCUAGUACAGACAUGUUUGGUUCUGUACCUUUCAGCACUGCUGCCGUACCCUCAGGUUAUGUUGCCAUGGGAGCUGUUUUGCCCUCAUUCUGGGGACAGCAACCACUUGUUCAACAGCAGUUGGCCAUGGGUGCUCAGCCUCCAGUUGCUCAGGUGAUGCAGGGAGGACAGCCAAUAGCGUGGGGCCAACCCGGUAUUUUUCCUCCUGCCCAGCAGCCCUGGCCAUCUGUAGCUGGUCAGUUCCAACCAACUGCCUUCAUGCCAACACAAACUGUUUUGCCUUUACAAGCAGCCAUGUUUCAAGGUACCAUUGCUCCUAUAGCUACUGUUCCGCCCACAAGCGAUUCCAACAGAUCAAGUCCGCAGACAGACAGGCCCAGACAGAAAAUGGGAAAAGAAAUGUUUAAAGAUUUCCAGAUGGCUCAGCCUCCACCAGUGCCAUCAAGAAAACCAGAUCAGCCUUCCCUCAGUUGUACCUCAGAGGCCUUCUCAAGUUACUUUAACAAAGUUGGGAUGGCACAGGAAGCAGAUGAUUGUGAUGACUUUGACAUCUCUCAGUUAAAUUUGACUCCUGUGACUUCCACGACACCAUCAACAAAUUCACCUCCAACCCCUGCACCCAGACAGAGUUCUCCAUCGAAAUCAUCAGCUUCUCAUACCAGCGAUCCUGCUGCAGAUGACCUCUUUGAAGAGGGGUUUGAAAGCCCAAGCAAAAGUGAGGAGCAGGAGGCUCCUGAUGAGUCUCAGGCCUCAUCCAACAGUGAUCCAUUUGGUGAGCCAACUGGCGAUACUAUAAGUCCACAGGAAGCAGAACCUCUCUACGCCCAGAUCAACAGACCUAAGAAAUAGCAUUGGUACGGGCUUGCGGUGCUCCGAGACUCGAAUGAAACCCAACCACCUGGCAGGCCUUUGGCUCUCUUGCUUUUUUCUGAUUGAUUUUGUCUGGCAAGGAUAAAUGAUUGCCCUCCUGGACCGGCUCUAUGAGCGUUCCUGACAAUUUUUGGCAACCGAUGGCAGAUCCCUAUGGCAGCACAAAGUGACAGCUCCCUGCUUAGCGCACCAGGAGUCCGGCCCUGUCUCCACAACUCAUGGGUAUCCAGACUAGGAAAUCUCACUCCUCGCUCUUCUUUUCAACAUUUCUUGUCUUGUGUAUGCCACAUAUAAAUAAUGAGCAUUCCUUUUCUUUUGAGCAAAAAAAGCAGAAUCUGUAUGUAGCAGUGGCAUUAUCAUUCAACAGCCUUUUGGGCACAAGUCGGCACUUUUUAUGUCACGGUGACAUGUUUUUCAUCAUCAUUUACAUCAGGCUGAUCCUGAGUUGGUUUUUUUUUCCUUGUGUAGGCAUAUUUAAACAGCAACAACAGAAAAACACUGGCAGUGUCAUUUUUUUUCUAUUUCUUAUUCUGUAGUUUUGUAUGAGUGACAGAUCCAAGAGCAAAACGCCUCCCGCGGAAAUGAUUCUUAACUUGAAACCACAGAAUAAAACUCUGUUGUUUAUCCAUCCGGACUGAAAAUGUUGCCAAAUGUACCUUUACGUUCUAGCGCAUCAUGAGGAAGAAAUGCUGCUUUUCUGUUUGAAUACUCAUGUUGUGGGUAGAGAAAGGACAUGGAAUCCCACUGAUGGAAGAGACGGAAGAUUCAGUAUUUCCUAGGAAACUCUAAACAAAGUACAGAAAAGGAAUAUUUUUAUUUCUUCGAUAUCUUGCUGCUGUAAUGCUAUGCAGACAAGUGUUUUCUUCUCUGUGUGCCAUUUUUGAUGAAAAAAAAAAAAAUCAUUUGCCAAAUAAUACUGGUGUGAUUCUGGUUUAGGAAGUUGGAUGAAACGGACUUUAAAAAUGGGACAAAGGUGGCAUGGAUUUUGGAAUAACGAACUGAUUCUGUGAUCAAAUUGUUCAUCUUUAUCACUUUUUGUACAUCAGAAAAAAAUCAAAUGGGAUUUUUAUUUUAUAACUUGAAAAAAAAAAUCUUACUGUUAAACUCUUUAAUUGUUUAAGGGGAAAUGGCUUUAAGGAGUUUGAAUGAAAAUUGCCAGUUUUCUUUUUGGUUUUUUUUUGUCCUUUUUUUUUUUUUUUAAUGUAAAUAUAAAUGUUAUGAGAAUUCUUUUACUAAUGCCAUUACACAGUAGAGAAGGUAGCAAGUUGCAGUGCUUGGGAGGUGUGGCAAACCCAGUUUGUGGUUCUCACAUCACAUACGUUUUCUCACGUGCUUACGAUAAUGGACUGAAGCUCAAGUGCAUUUGCAGAAGGCAGUCAGCUUGUCAGCAACUAGUGAAAUUAAUGAGAACACAUGAUUUUAUGGUGUAGCUUCUUCACACAGGCAACUCCACUUACGAGAAAUCACAUUUUCAUUGGCAUCCCCUUACGAUUCCAGAACCUCUGCAUAGAAGUCAUCGAGCUGUUUACACACAGAAUGAAAGAGUUUAAAACUUCCGUUUUUUUACAUUUAUGAAGCAGAAGUGCAGUGUUUGGGUUCAUAUGUUUAGCACAUGAUUUUCAUAAAGAAUCUAUAUAUUUUUGCCCUACAGAGAAUUGUUAUACAGGUCAAAUGUGUUUUCCUGAUGUUCCUAUGCAGUUACAGUAUAUUGAAUUUAGUGGUUUAACACUAAGAAGGAAAAAAAAAAGAAAAAAAAGAAAAAAAAAAAAAAGAAGAAAAAACAGAAAAAACAGAAAAAAAAGAAAAAGUAAAAAAGGUUAAAGAAAUUAAAUGAUGAAUCUGUUUUUAGGAUUAUUGUGCAGAUUUUGUUUUUAAAUUGACACAUUAGGAUUUGCAUUUUUGUCAUGUUUAAAAUAGGCCUGGAGUUAUAAAUAUUUUACUUUCCUUCAUCUCUAUGAUAAGCUAAAAAAUGGUUUAGAAGGCUGAAUAAUACCUGGGGUGGCAAUUGUUGAUAUGUACAACGAAAUCUCACACCAUGAUUCCAAUCUUUUAUUUUGAAUUAGAGAAAUUAGAGCAAAGUGCGUUGCAGAAUGUAUGUGAAUGAAAAAAUUAGCUGUGAAUAGACCCACUGAACCUGCAGAGAAGAGGACUUUUAUUCCCAUUCACAGUCGUUUGAUGCUUAUCCCUUAGACAUGUGCAAACAGUUCUGUAGCGAAUCUUAUUUUCCCAUGAGAAGGAAGGUUGAUUUUCUAAUUGGAGAUGAACUAAAACCUGGUGGGUUGAGUGUUUCAGGAUUAAAAGCAGAGGUAAAAACGUUUCUGAAGGACAUUUGAAGCCUAUUUUCCUAAUUUGCACUGUGGUGCUACUUACUUCCUCAGCAGCUCUUUUUGGUUUUGUCCUCCAUACGGAACCGAGAAGACAAUUUUGAUGCAUCGUAGGCAUUUGAGGCUCUGUCUAGUUAAUGCAUUUCCAGUUAUGGGGUAAAAUGUUGAAAGAAAAAGAAGAGAUUUACGCCUCAGAGGAUCCAUUGACAUCGUAUUGGUAGGAAGCGGAUCAUUUCUGUAGUUCUUGCAACAAAUAGGUGCAGAGGGAACAAGGCUGGGAUUGUAGCGUUUCAUGGGAGACAGCUGGGCCAUCCCCAUGGGCUACUGUCAUACCCUUACCAACACUGAUAAAUAAAUUCUGACUUGUUGUGUCAUGCAGUUAGAUCGUCUUUGUCACGAUUGAGAUGUUGAGUUGAGAGGAAUGUGCGGCCUCUGCACUGUACCAGUCUUGUAGAUAACUUGAAUAUCCAGCUUGUGCAAUUGUUGAAUCCCUCGUCCUUCACUAGCACUAAAUUUGUCACUUUAAAUUAAAAAACCAGGGAAUUCCACCAGCCAUCCUGUUGUCAUCCCCCGUAGAUUCUUGAUCUUUACCUGUCCUGAAGAGAUAGAUCGUAGUCAUUCAAGUGUCUGACAAAACCUUUCAUCUAAUAACGUACUGGGCACCUUCUUUGCAAAAAAUGUUUACUCUGUGGUUUUCAUUCAUUUUUAUUUCUGCAUUCUGACACAUAUUUUUUUAAUAAAGAUGAGAAAGAUAAAAUGACUGUUGCAGUACAUUUCUAAACCUACUUUAACUUUACCUCAGAUAAUGACCAUUUGUUAACAUAUACGGACACAUUAUUUUUAACUUUAUGUAUAAUGCAUUCAGCAACAACAACAAAAAAACAACAAAUUUUUAGAAAUUUUCCAUUAAUUUCUGUAACACACCAUGUAAUACUGUUAUGAAUAAAAACAUUUUAAAAAGG